AUGGAGGAUGACGUGGUAGGACAACUUUCUGAAGAUGAGUUCUUCAGUUCGUUUCUUGAUGAAGAAUUUGAUGUUAAGGCUCAUGCCAAUAAGGCUAUUCAAGGCGUGGCCAUUACUGAACAGUUGGCCAAACUGGCAGAUGGAAUGGCUUUAUUGGACAAAGAAAUCCAUAACCAGAUCGUGGCUCACCAUGAGGAUCUUCUCUCUCAAGCAACUGGUGUGGAAACCUUAGAAGGUGUCUUACAAAUGAUGCAAUCCAGAAUCCAGUCACUUUUAUCGGCAAUGGAAAGAAUUCGAUGUAAAGUGAGUGAGCCCUUUAACAAGAUUGUAAUGAGAACAGCACAGCUUCGGCGAUUACAGGAAGCAUGUGAUUUACUACGAAGGAUCAUCCGUAUUUUGUACCUGAGCAAACGUCUUCACAGCCAGUUGGAAGGAGGGGCAAGGGAGAUAACUAAGGCAGCACAGAGCUUAAAUGAACUUGAUUAUGUAUGUGAAGGUAUUGAUCUCAGUGGUAUUGAAGUCAUUGAAGCUGAUCGUCGAUUUAUCAAACAAGCAAGGAAAGAUGUCGAGGCCCAAGCCCAGAAGAUGUUAGAACAAGGCAUGGAAACACAGAACCAGAGCCAAGUAGCAACAUCUUUACAGGUGUUUUAUAACUUAAACAGCCUCUCAUACACAGUGAACAAAGUGAUCUCCAAUUGUCGUGAAACACUUCAUAAGAAUGUGAAAAAUUGUUUGAAUUUGCAGCUUCUAUCUCAACAAAUUCCAUCCCAUGGCAAAGGUGGGCCAGGUCGUGCUGCUAUGCCUGUUACAGGAAAUACUGCUGCUUACAGAGCAUCUUUAUGGACAAACAUGGAGAAACUUAUGGACAAUAUCUAUGCAGCUUGUGCACAGAUACAACAUUUGCAGAAAGUCCUUGUGAAAAAACGAGACCCAGUCACUCAUAUUUGCUUCAUUGAAGAACUUUCUAAGAAUUCACCUGAACCAAUCAAUAUUAUGCAGGAAUUCUGGGAAAAUGUUACUAACAUUUUAACAGAAGAAUUUUCAACAGCUGCAAAUGAAUCUUCAUUUUUGAAGCAAGCCUUUGAAGGUGAAUAUCCAAAACUCUUACGCCUCUACAAUGAUUUAUGGAAACGUCUUCGUCAGUUUAAUGUCACAAGCAAUACAACUGCUACUGUCAGCCUUACAGAUUUAGUCAUGGCAGACUCUACAGAAGAAGAUUUCUUCAGUCAAAAAACUUCUAAUAAAACUGGUUAUGACUCUGAGAAGGCUCUAAGGGACACCCUGGCAGGUUUUGAGACAGCUUAUCUUUCUCGUUCACUGUCUCGCCUGUUUGACCCUAUUAAUCUUGUGUUUACCAGUGGAUCCCUGAACCCUCCAACCAGUGAAGAAGUUGAUAGUAUUGUCAAGACUAUUUCCAGUGAACUGAAUGUGGCAAGUGUGGAUUCCAAAUUAAGUGUCACUGUUGCUAGAAACGUCAGCAAAACCAUCAAACUAUUCUGUGUGAAGAGUGAACAGCUUUUGUCCACUGAUGGUGAAGCCAGUCAGGUCAUAAGACCAGCUACUGCAGGACAGACACGCAAUGCAGCUAUUGUGAAUACUUUAUACCAAUUCCAUGUGGCUGUCUCCAAGGUCAUUUCUGGGCUAACCUUCUUCCCUGCAGAAGCCCUUGAGAGAAUAAAUGAAUCUUUACAGGAAAUUGUUCUGUUAAUGAGUGCUGGAAUCGAACCUUUGCUUUCUUCUAUUUCUGAUGCCUUGGAAGCCAUCAUACUUACAAUGCACCAAGAAGAUUUCUCUAUCCCAGCUCCUGCCAACAACCAAACAGAUGUCCCUUGCUCUUUGUAUAUGAAGGAACUGCAAAGUUUUAUUGCUCGCCUUCGCACAGACUACUUUUCCCAAUAUACCUGCACAGAAUUCAUCUAUGACAGCAUCAAUUUGAUUUGUUCUCGAUGCAUUGAACUGUUUGUGCGUCAUGCUUGUUUGCUACGUCCCUUGGGAGAAGGUGGUAAGUUGCGCCUGGCCUCAGACUUUGCUCAAAUGGAACAAGCUUUGUCUCCACUCUGCAGGAGAGUGUCAGAUCUAGGAAAAUCCUAUAGACUUUUAAGAGCAUUUAGGCCAUUACUAUUCCAGUCAAGUGAGCAUAUUGGUCGAAACCCUGCCCUGGGAGAAGUCAUUCCUUAUAGCUUUGUAUUAAGCUUCCUUUUUUCUCGAGCACCAGCUGAACUGACAUCUGCACAUCAGAAUGCUGAAUGGUCAGUGUGUCGAUAUUCGCAGUGGCUCGACAAUAAAUCAGAAAAGUCUAAACUCUUAUUUAUCAAAGGUGCAUUAGAGGCAUAUGUGCAGCAGGUGCGUUGUCGACAAGGAAAGGAAUUUGCUCCCAUCUAUCCUGUCAUGUUGGAAUUGCUGCAGCAGGGACUACAACAACAACAACAGCAAGAAUAA